AUGUUUGAGUUUAUGAAAGAAAGUCAAGUAAUAAUGAAUAUAUUUCGACAUGUCAGUUAGAGAUUAAAAUAAUUAACCGAAUGUAUAAUUAUAUGCUCUCAAGACAUUGUUUUUUACUGACAAUAUGCCUGAAACCUCGGAGGAUAGCGCCGAAAGCGUUGUGCUUUGUGAGCUGUUACACAGGUCCUGACGGUCCUGACGCUGAUCCACAGCUCAGAAAGCGAAGAGGAGCAAACAAAAACCAGGUUACAAAAAGGCGCAAAAAAGAGAGACCUUCAUGUCAGCCAGUCCUGGACAACUUUGAACAGCAGUACAGUCAGGAACUCGGAGACCUGUGGCCAUCUGCAAGAGCAGUGCUCCUGGACCCUCACUCUUGGCAGUAUGGCGUCAUGCUGAACCGCUUCAGCGCUGUGACGGGCAUCACACAGAUCCUCCAGUCUCAGGGCUUUUAUACAUUGCUGCCUCAGAAUAGUGUCUCCCCGCUCAUUUGUAAUGACUUCUCAACAAUCUCCAAUUCUAAACACCAAGCAGGAAAAGACUCUCCGUUUCCACCUGACUACAUUUCAAAGUUCCCUCCUAAUGACUUUCCUCUCCAACCUGACAGCAGCUCCCAUGUGCUCCCUCAAGACCUUAAAUCAGAGCCUUCACUGAGUUUACCCCGUUCUACAUUACAGUGUUACAUCCACCCGUAUCCACUGCGCUUCCCCUCUCAGGCUCACAGGCCCGGCCAGCUGAAGCAGUACUACCUCCUGAAUGCUGCCUCCCUGCUGCCAGUGCUGGCUCUGAACGUCACAGAUGGGGAGAAGGUUUUGGAUCUCUGCUCGGCACCGGGGGGCAAAGCCUUAGCCAUAAUGCAGUGUGCCACCCCAGCACUGCUCUGCUGUAAUGAACCGGACCCCCACAGACGGGUCUGGCUUUCCAAAACCCUCGAGUCGUUCCUGCCUCCGUCAUUAACCAGCAGAGUGACUGUGUCCGCACAGGACGGAUGCUCUUUUGGGCAAAGUGAAACAGGAGAGUAUGACAAGGUGAGGGGGAGUCAUGGUUAUUUCAGUUUGUGA